GACCAGUCUGAAUACAGCACUUGUUCGGACACGAGGAAGUCUACAGUUUCACGGCCAGUUGGAAAAAAAGAAAAAUUCUAAGAGGUAUCUAAACUGCUUUGUUCUUAUCUACUCUCGUUGAAAUUUUUCCAAUCAGUCUCUUAGUAUAUAGGAGAUCGUUUUGGUUGAAGUAGGCGGUAUAGAGUUUAUUUUGUUUAUCACCACAUGUCUUCAAAACAAUCAACGCGAGAUAGUACGUCGUCACAAUGAAUUUUCUUUGACUACUCUCGAUUCAGUUGCAGACAGGAAAGCCGCAAGACAUUCGUCAAAUUGUGUUUUUUUGUUCGUCUUCGGAAUCUUAAAUUGAUAUUACCUAGAGCUCUAGGUAGUAUGAUCGCCCAGAUUCGAUUCUUAAAAAAAUUGUAAACAUCGUCCAUAUGCAUGCAUAAAGCGGCUAGAAAAUAAAAACUUGCAACUGCUAUCGCAAAAGAAAAAAAGUGGUCUGACGUUUUCAAAAAUGUGACAAAAUUUCAAUCAGUUACCCAGACAAAAUGUUACAGUUUUCUAAAUAAAAUAGUCGACGUCGGUUUUAGAAAGCGAAAACUCCUAAAAAUAUACUUCAUCCAUCAAAUUUGCAUAUUGUCUCCCCACAGUCUAAAGGAAAAAACUUUGUCCCUGUGAGAGCCUCAACUUUGACCUUGCCCUUGCAGAGCACUUAGGAAAAAAAAAAACAUUAAACUAAAAUACGUCAAUACUGUUGGACAGGGAACUUUAUGAUAAAGAUCUUUAUAAAUGGGUGAGCCUUGAACGGAAAAUGUAAUAUUCAUGUAGUGUCUGAUAUGGAUAAAUAAUGACUUAAGUGUACGUCCACAAUAUUAAACAAAAUACUCUGCUCUUCACGGCAGAAAUAUGUUAAGCAAUUUUUGAUAUGCUUUUCUCUCGGCUCUACCAUUACGUGAUGACGGCCGACUUUAAUGGGACCCGUUAGCAAAAUGUCGAUCGUCUUAAAAAUAAUUACCUGAAGGGACAAUUUUUCACCUGGUCUUUUUAUAAAGACACGUGCCAAUCACACACAAAGUCGUCGGAAAAACCAAUACGCAUAAUGAAAACUAAAAAGAAGAUAAAAGUAAAUAUACAGUGUGUUUGAAUUAAUUUUCUACAAGUUUUUGGCUGAUAUUCCAAUUAAAGGAUUUAGUUUCCACGGAGUCCGUCUUUCUUUUGUAAUCCAUUAUUGGCGACCUCGUCGGGGUCAACAUUCUAAAAUAAAUUGAUAUAUUUAUUCUUUUGCUCGUUCCUCGUAAUUUUUCAUUUUAAAAAUCUAUAUUGGAAAACUUCAAGUGUGAAUCAACCAAACUGGCGUUCAAAUGUUAGAAAGACGGUUUGUAAAUAUUGAAACAAUUUCCGAAACACAUAUUAAGACCAUUUCAUUUAGCUGUCUUUUACUAGUUCGUAGAGCAUUCUAAUGAAGGAAAAUUUCGAGUGAUUCUUUCAUCAUUGCAUUGUAAUUUAUGUAUCAGGUGUUAUGCGAAAGAGCAUAAUCUGAAUUUCGUUUUCAUUUGCUUAUUUGCAGCCCUCGAGCACUUUGAAACUGCUCCACUGACAAGUCACUCGAUAGUUCCUAUGAAAGAUUACGUCAUUUGCUAAAAAUUCACCCUCUCGAAGUUUCUUUUACUUUGCGUUAAAAUUUUCCCGAUUCCAUGCCAGUCUCUCAAUUUUUUUUAAAGUGAGUAUUCUUUUGAUACAAAUGCUUCGGGAAUACUUUCGCAAUAAACAACACCACUCUUGGUUAUUUUGACGUAGACAUGCAUGAUGGCUAUUGCGGGCAUUGCGGGCUGAUCUUUCUAUAUUACAUGUCGUAUUGAAGGUUAAAACCAUCAUGUGCUAAUCACUUGACAGUUUGCAAAUUUUUCGACACGACACAGUCGAGCGAUUCAUUUUCAAUUCGACUAGCUUAUUGAUAUUUUCAGUUUCAGUCUAAAACAGUGAUAUGGAUUCUUUCGGAAAAGAAGCUUUGGAAGCUCAUAAUAAAUUUCGCGCAGCUCACCAAGUGCCACCGCUGACAUGGUCUACCGCCUUGGCGCGAGAUGCUGAGGUUUGGGCAAAGAAAAUCGCAAAAAAAGGUCGCCUUGAACACGACGACACAAAAGACGGAGAAAAUGUAUUUAUGGUGUUUGGACGCGAAAUUGACGGCACCGAUGCUGUAAACAGUUGGUACAGCGAAGUCAAGGAUUAUGACUUUAGUAAACCUGGGUUUCAGUCAAACACCGGUCACUUUACGCAGGUUGUGUGGAAGGGCAGUAAAGAGCUGGGCAUUGGUAGAGCUAAGAGUGUCGAUGGUAAAGAGUUUGUCGUCGGUCGUUACAGGCCAGCAGGAAACAUGAUGAGGGCCUUUGCGGAGAAUGUUUUCCCGUCCAAAGUACGUGACACUUAUGAGUGCUUCGAGCGUUUGAUUCAGAAAUUUUUUGUUUUGCUGUUUUGUUUCAAGUUUUUUGAUAUUGCAUUAAGUAGUCUUUAAUCAGGCGUUCCCUCUUUUAGCGCACCGACAUGGUGGCGCAUCUCUUUGUUAAGGGUCUCGUGAGAGAGUGCUGUAUAUUAUUGCUUUUCGCCGAACGCCAAUUGUACGUUGUGCCGAAUAAUGUGUGUUGUUGUUGCAGGAUGGGCCUGUCACAAUUCCUGAGAGGGAAUCAGCAUCUAAAAAGGGUUCUGUGCCUGUGUACCAGCGGCAGAAACAUGAGGAAAGACCAUCGAGAGGAGUGGAGACGCGGACAGAGGAAAAAGUAAUGCAAUAAAUUUUGAUCUAAAUUUAACAUAGAAUUCAAUACCAUAUACAUACAUGAGUUUUGUUAUUUGCUUUAUAAAUUCUUGAUUCUGAAAUUUUCAGAUUUCAAGGUAGUUAUCUUUCCUUACCAUUAAAAGUUGAAUUUCAUUCACGCCAGUACUCUAUAAUCAAAGACAUUUGGAUAAAAGUACUCUUAGAAUCUACACGAAUUAUCAAAUUACAAUAGAAUGAUUUGAAAAAAGACAUCCUUGUCAAAAAAUACACAAAUAAAUAAGCCACACAUGGCUCAAGAAACCUUUUCCAGUAGUUGACUGUUUUUGGAUGCAUUUUUUAUCACAGACCAUUACGCUCCCAGAUGGUACAAAGAAGACUGUUGUGUCCACCGUCACUGUGACCUUAAAAGGAAAUGGUAAGAGUGAAUCACUAAAACUAUGGAUUUAGCUCUUGGGUUUCUGCGACAUGUUUUUCUUGCCUCAAGGAUCACAGAAGAUCUAUGUGGAGAUCUAUGUCAAUGUCAUCUUUUUCAAAUGACAUUGCAUAUAGUGGCUAUUUUGUGGCUAAUUUUUUUUUCUUGUUAAGAUCGAGGUGGCUAUUCUAAGGAAACCGUGACAACAGUAUCGGGUGAGGAGUUCAGAAACUAAUUAAUUCUUCAAGAUCAUUUGAUGAAGUAGCUGAAAUGCAGAACUAGUGGGCUAAUUAAACAUUAAAAGAUAGUGCAUAAGAUUUUGAUAUUGGACAAUUGUCUUGCCCAAAGUAAUCAUUAACAAGAAAGAAGAGCGAACUUGGCUUCUGCUUGCAUGUUUAUUUCAUCUAUCGCUAAUCCUAGAAACGCUGCGUUCUUAUUAAGUCACGAACGCCUGAAGCAAGCUACAAGUACUCACCACACGCUGCGUCUACUAUUGAUACCUUUUUUACAAAAUAGGUGGGAUCGACUUGCACUAUCUUGAACGAAACCUAUCAUGGACAAAUCCACGAUACAAUAUUCAUGAAACUUAUACCAUUCAAUGACUUUCAUCAAAAGUCUUUUCUUAGUCAUACUACAUCGUAAUAUUACAAACUUGACUGGAGCAGAGGAAAGUGAAGUGUUUGUGAAAAAAAGAUUAAUUGCCCGAGGGAAAAAGAUAUAAAUGGCUGAGCAAAAGAUUUCAGACCACAAGAAUGCUUGACAUGUAAAAAAACUUGGCUCUUCCACUUUAACGGAUCACUUACUUAUUCGCAGCUGUUGCCACCUGAAGCUUGUGAUUUAGAGCUGCACGCACACACAUGAGAAACACAUAAAAAGAAAGUCCAGAUACAAAUCCGGUUUCGCAAUCAUUCAUACAUAAACAAUUAUAAAAUAUUUUUCUUUCUUCUCGUAACAAAUCGCAGAGACCAGAAAACAAGACAAGUUUGCUCGAGACAUGAGAACAGCACUUCCUCAAGGUUGUAACUAUAUUUUGAGUUUCUUAAUCAAAAGCAAAUGGCGAAAAUGAAUCAUGCGUCUUUAAGAUCACAGAUCGUUUUACGCAACCAUUGACUCAGUUAUUUAUUAAUUCAUUCAUUUACUCACUCAGUCUCUUACUAAUUCACACGUUCAUUCAUUCACUCACUCACCCAUUCACCCAUCCGCUCACUCACUCACCCACCCCUCCCACUCACUCGCUUACUCACUCACUUCCAAACUCACUCACUCACUCAUUCAAUCACUUAUUCACUCACUCCCUCACUCACUCACUCACUCACUCACCCCACCACUCACUCACCCACCCCACCCACCCACUCACUCACUCACUCACUCACCCACCCCAUUCACUCGCACACCCACUCCCUCAUUAACUCUCUCAUUCAAUCACUCGCUCACUCACUUACUGACUCACUCAUCCAAUCACCCACUAAUUGUUCUAUUUCCUUAAGUUAAGCUUGGAGUGCGGUUGCAAAUAAAUACAUAUAUUUGCGUUUUCAUGCAGAUUCUCCGCCUACUCAAGAUCCAAAGCCUUCUAAGAGUUGUUCAACUGCAGGUAAAGACAUUUAAUUGUGUUAUUUCUGACGCAAAUCUGUACAGUGUUAAAUUAUUCCGAUAUCAUUUUCGUUUAUGCUGAGUGUAACUAGUUUUUUUACCCUAUUUACUCAAGGAAACAUAUGUCAAUAAAAAAUUAUUCACUUCCGAUGAAAAGGAGUAGUGUAUCCGGCUUAAAUCGCGGACUCACCAAAGGUGUAUAUUUUUGAGAAAAAUUGUACAGAUGAAUCACUCCUUGGGUAAACCAUAAUCCUCUGUGGUGCGGAAUGAGAGUCUUACUUAGAGGGUCUCAGUGAGGUAAACCAUUGGCCGUAAAAAAGCAAAAAACUUAGCCGUUAGGCGAAAAAAUUGAAAAGGUUUUUCGUUUAAAUGUAACAGAAAAGAGGGAAAAAUAGCCAAAAUUUAAACCGUUAGCCAUAAAGACACUCUACUUUAUUUUGUUCAUUCCAAUCUUUGCCAUGAAAACUCGGUUUGUAUGUUUAUAAAUUGAGAGCACGUCUUAGUCUUAUCUUCUUUCUUUAAGGAGGAACGAAAGCCCCCAGCUCUGUGUCACAAACGGGUUUUGCAAAACAGGCCCUUGAUGCUCACAACAAAUACCGCACCAAGCAUAAAGUGUCACCACUGACGUGGUCGGACGAGAUUGCAAAGGAAGCACAGGCCUGGGCCGAGAAAUUGGCACGUGCACGUAAACUGCAGCACGCUACGCAAAAGGAACGUAAAGGAUGUGGUGAGAACAUCGCCAUGUUCUCUGGCAGAUUUGAAACAGCUGCUGAUGAAGCCACAAACAUGUGGUACAGUGAAGUCAAAGACUACCGAUUCGAUAAACCUGGUUUCCAAGGCAACACUGGGCAUUUCACGCAAGUGGUGUGGAAGGAGAGUAAUCAGUUGGGAAUGGGUAGGGCCCAGACCGCUGACGGGAAGCUUACGUACGUGGUGGCAAGGUACAAUCCUGCAGGAAAUUUGCUCAAUCAUUUCCAAGAAAAUGUUUUCAAGGGAUGAGAAGAGAAAAAAUUAAUUUUAAGGUGAAUGGCAUUUGUAGAUCAUCAUUGCCGAUCAUCGAGGUAAAAGUAAUACAAAAGCAAAACAAAACGAUCAAGCGAAGAGGAACAAGAAUAACUUUAAAGGAUAACUAUAAGGAUAGAUUUUAGACAAAGCCACCAACUUCGUGCUUACUCUCUGUAUGUUAAUAAUAGAUAUUGGGAUAAUGAAAAUGAUAUUAUGAAGCUAUUAUUUAAACAAGAAAUGGGUUUUUACUUAAUCAUUGUAAUUUGGGAAUUAAGGACAUAAUAGUAGCCACAAUUUAAAUUAAUCUGAAAAAGUAUAGUCUUUCCAUAAUAAUAAAAUGAAAAAUCCUCGAAUAAUGGAGGUAUAAAUCUUAAAAAAUAGAUUUUCUACCCUUAAGCUCAAUCAGUUUAUCAUGGCUCAUUCUUAUAAACGAUAAUAUGAAGUUAUGAAGGGGUGAAAAUGCGCGGAAAUGAAUUAAGGGCAAAUACGCUUUCCUGGAAAGAAUAUGAGCUUUACCGGAAUUCUUUAAGGACCAAAAAUUCAUUUAAAAUCUUUGUGGCUGUGUGAUGGCAUUAGCCAUAGGUUAUACCUAUAGGAUAACUUUUGAAAUAAUGACAGAUUUAAUCAAUAAAAUACUCAGGGAGUUUACUUUUGUACUGGAGUGAAAGAGAAAAUAAACUGCAGACUGAAAUUUGUACGAGUCAGAACAUCAUUUUGAGUGAAUUUUUCGAAACAGAGUUCUAUUCUUUUAAAUACAGCCGACGAGAAUUUUUGAGAACAACCAUCUUCACCCUCCGAUUAAGCUUUACAAGUUGAAAUGAGACCCUCUUACACCCUAAUAUCAUUAUGCAUUUUCUCCACACUGUUCCAUGCAUUCCCUAUGAAAGUGACUGAGAGAAUUUGUUUAACAGUCAAGAGCUUCCUUAGAUGGCGAUCUUUCCCUCUGUUCUCACGACCUGGGAUACUGUAAGGGGAAAUUUAAAUGCGAGUCACUCUAAGGGAUUGAAGGAUUAAACAAGAAAAGAAGCGGCUUUUUAUUUAGCUUCGUUUUAUAAGUGUUUCAGUACCCUGCUCUAAUCUCUGUAAUGCUGGCUUGCUUUCCGUAUAAAGGACUGCAUUGACUCUAAUGACCCGUUUGAUGGAUAAGGUAGAUACAUCAAAAUAAGUAAGUGUGUCCUGAAGUUACGUCAAUUGAAGAGGUCCAAUCUUAGCCGUCCGUAUAAUUCCCAAGCUCUAAAUAGCUCAUUCUCAUUUGGAUCUGCUUUGUAUUUCCUUUUGAAUUGGUCAAGAGAAUGUGGCGUUAUAUCAAUGUUGCACUCCUCUGCUGAUAUAUUUGUCUAAUUUCGUCGCCUUUUCUCCGUAUAUUUAAUGAAACUGGACGGAGAAAUCAAUUACACAACUUACUGUAGGUAAAGUUUUGACGACGAUUGACGGUAUUAACUUCGGCGGUUAAAAACAUCUUUAAAUGUUUUCUAUUGACAUACAUGGGGCGCGAAUUUAUCAAUAAGUGCUUUCUGCUAAAUUAACUUAAGCUCAUCAACGCUUGCAGCCUCGACAAAAAGCCAACCAACAAUAUGUUAUUGUAGAAAAGAGAAAGAAAAAUAAAACUCACAAUGAGGCCCACGCAUCCACAGACAAAAACAUUGAAAGUGUUUAUGCGUUUCUAAGAGGGUUGUUUUCCUUCCAUUGAAGCCGAACUGAAUAAAGAAGUCAAUGGGCUGACGUCAGUUAUUUACAAGAUCCUCUAGUGUUUCAAAAGAAGUCCGGAUAAACGUGGAUUCCUUUACAACUUAAUUAUAAGUGAAAGGACAGAAAAACUUAUUUGUGAGGUCACGUUUUAGUUUCCGUUCAAACUCUCUGUAUUAAAUUUUUCAUUCGUUGAGUUCUAUAACUAAUACGAAGUUACUUGACGGUAAUUAACCUUAGCCUAAGGCUAAUAUAUUUAACCUUGAAUGCGGAAAAACAAACAGAACAGCUCGCCCAGGCAACUCAGUAAUUCGCAAACUACUUUGCGUGAGUUUAAAACUUAUUAAGACACAAGAAACAUCGACACAGCUGUGUCACAUCUCCCUUGAAAAAAAUCUCUAUUAGCGCAGCUCGUUCUCGCUGUAAGUCUAUUAUCACGCAGUUAUACUUUUCGCUUGAGCAGUCUUGGUACGUGAUUGGCACUUUGUUAUGUAUUGUUGAUUUGCAUUCACGUUAGGUAAAUGGAAUGACGAGGCUAGAGGCGAGCACUUAACAGCGCGCCAUUUCAUUCCAUUGUUACUUAGAAGGUCGCACUAGUGGGGCUCAGUUUGACAGAAAGAAGCGAUAGAAAGUUUGGAAACCAAAUGGACAAUAGCCAAAGAAAAGGUAAAGAACUAAAAUAUAAGCAUUUGACCAAUAUUAGUUAAAUGAAGGCUCAUUAAUAGAUUUUGAUGUGAAAACAAAGACGUUAAAACUUUUUAUUCUUCAGUAAAUUUAAUUUGAGAUAUUAAAAAACCUGAAAGUUUCAUAUGUGCAGGACGCGUUAUCAGACGCUCUAUACAAAAUGCAUUUUAUGUUUACUUAGUAUUGGGCGUCUAAGACAUAUUACAAGCUUUUCCAAAUCUGACAUUGCGGAAAUCACGUUGGUAAGAUAAGCUCACUUGAAAAAAUUCACCUCAUCACAAGGGUAUGAACAAGACAGCGAAACGUGAUAACAACGCUGACUCGUUAUGCAGGAAGGAAAUCUUUAGUAUUCUCGAAUGAUGUAAAUAUACUAAUAUACGACAUCCGAUUUUUCUGCGUAAUUACUGAUAAGGAUUAACAAAAGAGGAGAUUAAAUGUUUCGUUUCGACCCGCUCCAUCCUUAUUACGUCUCGUGACAUUUACAUGAUACAAAGAAACAUAAUUUACGCUGAUCACGACCGAAGCUGUGAGACACAUCUUGAAUAGAGAGUGGUAUUCAUUAGUUUUGAAGAAUCAGUAAUUAGCUCGAAUGAAGUUGACCAAUUGAUUUUUCAAUUAAUAGACCAUUUUCCCUACUGAGAGUGGACGCCGUCAGAGGCCAUCAAGUAAGUAAAUAAGUAGUUUGGUUUACCUUAAUUGUGGUUAGAGGUAUUGUUUUUAAAAUACCUUUCAACAAGAACUGCACUGAGAAGAUCAAAAGAUAGUGAAAAUCAUGCGGACCAAUAUAAGUUUUAAGUAGUUAUGUUUUAAUCGAGAAGUCGAAUACUUGAAAAGCACAAAGCUAAUUGAUUCAGGAACAAAUAGAAAAAAGAUUAUUGAAGCACAAAACUCCCGAUGCUUCAAAGCAAGAGUCGUCCUUCUUGCAACCAUUUUGGUUGAACAUCAAAACCUUCACGAUAUUUUUACUAUACUUUGAAGCCCUCGUGCUUUUAGCAUUAGACUGGAAUUUUUCUUUGAGCGACACUAUGAGGAUAAAACUUAUUCACACUAUUAUUUUGAUAAGAAGAGCCACACUCUUGCUUCAAAUUGAAAAAAAGAUCACCACACGUUGCUCGCUUUAACCUGUCACGCCGUAACCUCAGUACUCAAACUCUCCAUGUCGUCUUCCAUACAAUUCUUUUCAAGAGGAGAAUUUGUUAAACAAUAAAAGCUUCUAAGGUUGGCGAUCAUGUCCCUUAUUCUCAUAAUCGUAACGAAUGAUUCAGCAGUAUUACUGUGAGGAGAAGUUAAAUGCUGGUCACUACAUGAUGAUACCUAAAAAAAAUGACUAAUUGCUCCCAAGUUAUUGUCAUAGCUUGCAGCAAUCUGACGACUCAACUCACAAACUGUUGACUCAGUGCUAUUUUAAAUAAAUUCAUCAACUUCACCAAAAACAUUAUCAUUCUUCAAUUACCUAAUCUUAAAGAAUAAGCACGUUUAAAGAAACCAAAACUUUGACAAAAGAACCUCUCACUCUCCCUUCCAUGGGCAAUCUCUCUAAUAGCCCCCCGUAAACGUGGAAGUAAUUACUAUCCAUGCAUGCAAAACAAAAAUUGAAUACUUACAAAAUUCUUCUGCUACGCUGGGCAAUGAAAAUUUUAAAUUCUUCCAAAGUUGAUCAAAGUGCGGUGAUAUAGCGACAGGUGACCCAGCUUGAUGCUAUCGCGAUAUCCUAGUAAAUAUUCCUCGGCAGAGACCUGCCCAACGGGAGGUAAGGUGUUUACAUUUCAAUAUUAUUUUUAUGUCUUAUAUUUUAUAACUACUGCCUAAGCUAGAAUGUUUACAUCCUGACAGUACAGGGAAAAGAUGCCCGACAAAUUUGGUAAAGAAGCACUUGAAGCUCACAACAGAUACCGGUCUCUCCAUCAGGCUCCUCCGCUGAAGUGGUCAAGAUCUCUAGAAAAGGACGCGGAAAAGUGGGCUAAAGAGUUGGCUAAAGACGGGAGGCUAAGACACGAAGAUACUGAUGAUGGAGAGAACUUGUAUUCCGUAUCCGGCAAGAGUGAUGUCACCGGAGGAGAAAUCGUGGAUCGGUGGUACGCAGAAGUCGACAAGUAAGGACAUAUUAGUUAUUCUUUCCGUUUGACAUUAAUUCAAGUUGUUCUUAAAUGCGAUUAACAUAAUGCGAUUAGAAUAUUAGUAAUUAAGACCUCACAAGGAUCAUGGGAAAGGAGGGGGGCUAAGCUCGUUGACUGUUACGUGUGUGAUGAUCGUUUCGGCGACAAUGAUACACUAAAAACGUAUAAUGAUAUUAUAAUCUAACUGAGGUCGUAACUCGCCGAAAUCCUUCGUGUUGGAAUCCUAACCGCUAUCUAAGAUACGGCUUUGUAUUAAUUAAAUUGAACUUGGCUACUUUUGAUCGCAAGUCACUGCAAUCAAUUUAUAUCCAAGCCAUGAAUAUCUCGUCUUUCUUUAACAGCUAUGAUUUUAGAAGCCCAGGAUUCAAAAGUGGCACGGGCCACUUCACACAGAUGGUGUGGCAGGAUUCAACAGAACUGGGAGUAGGCAAGGCCAAGGGUAGCAACGGGAAAAUUAUUGUCGUGGCUCGAUAUCGACCACCAGGAAAUGUCAUUAAUCACUUUCAAAACAAUGUUAAGCCAAAGGUAAUGUCACUUAAAUGUAAAAAUAUUUUUCGUUCUUCCUUUGAGUCAAGAGCAUUAGCGUUGCGAUCCUCCUUAAAUGAUAAUUUGGAAAUAUUUCUGAUGCGUAAUUUUUUUAUAAACGCAUAAAUUUCUCAAGCAAUGGAGCAUAAAUAAUAUUGAGUUAAUCUAGUUAUCUUUGUUCUAUGCAGCUGGGCAGCGUAGUCAAUAGCAGUUCUAGGGAGAGGGAUUCGAGAGAUUAUUCUACACGGCUGGAACCAAGACGAGAUUUCGAUGACUCGAGAAGAUCUCCCUCUCGGCAAGAAAAAACUGAAACAGUAAGGGAUGAGGGGAUGAAUUAAGGAUAAAUAACGAAGUUAAAAAUGGUUGAGGGAGUACUGGAAAGAAUAUUGGAUUUAAGGGGUGAAAUUUAAAGUAGGGUUUAAGGUAUGUGAAAAUGAUAAGGGAGUAAGAGACUUGACCUCCCUGGUUAAUAAGUUGUUAAAGUAUGCAAACAAAAGCAUCGAUAUGAGAGGACUUCAACAAGAGGAAAGAAAACAGAAUAAGGCUCACUACAAUAUUCAAAGAAGCAAGAGGAGGAUAGAGUUAAAGAUUUAACUCGCUCAGCGUCUGUCUGCGUAACAAAUGAGAGUGUAAAAAACCUGGUGACGAUGAUAUCAAGAAAGUUAGCAGAGGGAGGAAGGGCAAUUAAGUUUUCACCACAUUUGCUCGAUGAACGAUUUCCAAUUGAGUACGAAAUUCAAUUAGGCAUCGUCUUGCUUAAGGUCAAGUGACCAAGGUGCAUUUAAAACAAAAACAAAAACAAAACAAAGACAGGAGUGGGAAAGGGAGUAGGCUGUAGUGGGAAUUUCAAACCAUGGCUUUUUCACCCAGCAAUUUCAAUGUUCUUUGAACUAAAGAAAAAAAGGUGGAGGGGGGGGGGUGGGUUUCUGUGAAUUCCAAGCCUUAAAUAUUUCAGUACUCUUUGAAUAUAGCAUUUGGCCUGAUAUUUUUAGGUCACUUAUGAUCGAGACGGGGUCAAAACCACAGUAACGAAGACAAUCAUAACAGAUGGAGGAAGGGGAGGUCAGUUGAUCACUAAAAAAAGUGAAAAAAUAUGCACAAGUUUCUGCCCAUUUAGAUCAAAAAAGUUGAUCCACGACGCCAUGUGUUUGAAUUAAAGACAGGAUAUUUAGUAAUAUAGCAGGGAGAUAACCAGUGGCAGAUCCAGGGGAGGGGCCUGGGGCGGCGCCCCCGCUCUUUAGCUCAAGGUCUGGAUCCGCCACUGAUAACUGUGAAACAAAAUUUCUGCAUGUGAUCGAACAUCUGCGCUGACAUUUAAUUAUUUUAAAUCAAGUGCUUACCUAUUAUUUAGUUAUCUAAAUUGGUUAUGUUCUGUUCUCAAGUUCCCCCCCCCCAAAAAAAAAAAAAUCACGUCCUUACGACUAUUUCUUUACAGACCCAUUUGAUAGAUUUCCAAGAGAUAUGAGAAGAGCAUUUGACGACGGUAAGAUUCUUUGAGUUUUUUUUAUCUUAAUCCCUUUUUAUUAUAUCGUUAGUAUAUCAUUUCACCCAAGUCAACUAUCCUGAGGCACAAAUUGCGUGCGUUUUGCGAAUGCCUAUAGCUAGUAUUUUUUGUGCCCUCUUGUUUUUUGUUACCUAUGUCAUCAGAUUGCCCUCUUUCUCAUUUCUACUAUGAUCAACUCAGACUUAUUUUUCUUUACAGAUCCUUUCAAAGAUAGAAAGGAGAGAUGGGAGCGAAACGGUAAUUUCAUAGAUGUCUCAUUAGAAGUUUUAAAAGAAGAUUAAGAGAAGAAAUUACUGAGGAAACAGAUCUACUAGUUUGCAGCCUGCAAACUUGUAGAUCUGAGAGGCCCCGCAUAGUUAAAUCUAUGAAAGAGCUAGGGGCCUCGCUCCAAAUUCAUAUAGGCCAAUUCCAAACCGAGUGCGUAAGGGAAAAAUUCCUCGUGCAGAGGUAAACAAAUAUGUUCCUAUUUUAAGGCCUCGUUAAAAUCAAACAAGGUUAUCUCGAAUCUACACUGAGUAACAAGGCUAGAUUUUAAGAACGUAAAAAAAAAGGACUACGUAGAGUUUAAACGGAUAACCUGUGACCCUUUUUGCCUGUAUCGAGAGCCUGAAAAUUAUAUCAUUAUAUCAAAGUACCAUCGAUUGAAAUGAUACCGACUCCUUAAAAAAACAUGUGUUAGGCUUAGUGACUGCUUCUUGACCAAAUGGUGAAUAUUUUCGUUUAACUAAUGUCGCACUUGUUUACGUUUUAAUUCACACAUCUCAAAUGGUUGUAUUCUUCGAAAAACAGACCCUUUCAAGGAUAGGAAGGACACGCGGGAGAGAAAUGGUAAUUUGUUUUAACGCUCUCUAUUAACCCUUUGAUUAGCAUGUCACUUGUCCCAGUUCAUGCAAAGCAUUAUCUAUCACACUGACACCGAAAAUAAACAUUUUUGCAUGACUGAAGGGUAUAAUGUCUUGGAAAAAAAAAGAAGAAAAAAAAAUAAAAACAAAUUUCUACAAGUCAAUCUACGAGGAAGGAAUAGCAGUUACUGGAAAGGACGAGUGGAGAAAUAGCUUUGACAGAAAUACGUUUUUGCAAUUAUUGAUUACUUUGAGUGACAAGAAGAAGUCCCAAAGCACCUUUUGAUAAAGUAGUCGGAUAACAUCUGCCAUACACACAGGUUGAUAAUUCUAUACCAUGUACCCCUGGUUUCACAAUGUUUGUUUAUCAGUUCAAGUUACGGAAAUUAUUAAUUGUUAAAUUGUUCAUAACGAUUUUAGCUCAGCCAACGUCUAAUUCACCUUCAUGGAGCAGUCAAAAACCGAAGGAAACAAAACCAGGUAAUUCCUUAAUCUAUUUUUUUAACCGUUAUUUCAGGUUGAAAUUUGCAAUGUCCAAUUUUUUUAAAGCUUGCUAACCAUCAGCAGAGACCUCGUAGAACUCACCAACUUGAGUACGUUUUCUAGUAGAAAAUUUUUUUUUCGCAAAACAAGUUCAAAAUCGACGAAAACUAUUGAUUAAAAUUGUGUCAUCCUUUUUGUUUUGCGACACCCCGUAUGUGCAUAAGGCAGGGAAAGAAUUCUGUGCUAACAAGUACGUUUGUAGGCGAUCUUGUAAUUCGUUGUUCCAAAUAGUAAAUGGAACAUUAGACCCUAUGGCGUAAUAAUUGGGUUCAUGCACUUGACAAAAAUAGCUAUCAUACUUGCUCAACUAAGGGUCUUCUGGAAUUUAUUUUGACGCCCUCCUGAAACGCGAGGAACGCACUAUCAAGCGCGAUUCCAAAAUUGAUCUGGAAGUAUCAAUCGAGCAACAAAUUGGUGCAACAUGUACUUGUUCAAUACAUUGGCUGACUAAUACAUAUCGCAUAAUAAAUUCAGCUAGCUUUAUUUCUUUUAGCAGAGAGACCUACUCCUUCCGCAUCAGCUACAUCAUCUCCUUCAGGAUCCUUUGCAAAACAGUCCCUCGACAGUCAUAACAAAUACCGAGCUAUGCAUGGUGUGCCGGGCAUGAAGUGGGCGGAUGACCUCGCUAGGGAAGCACAGGCUUGGGCCGAGAAGUUGGCACGUGCCCGUACAUUGCAGCAUUCGAGUAAGAGCGAGAGAAAGAAUGCUGGAGAGAACCUAGCAAUGUUUACGGGAAAGUUUGAUUCUGCAGGAGAAGAAGCUACCACUAUGUGGUGAGUAAAAACUUUGGAAAAGAGCAAAUAUCAUUUCAAACUAGCAACGGCAAACAAAGAAGAAAUGAAAUUAAAUACAAGCUGUAUGGGAAAGGACGAGUUUUGCUCAACUGACAAAAAUUGCUCCUUGGUCACAUUGAAGUCGGUCAAUGACUUUUAACUGAGGAUAUUGGCUUUGAUAUUAAUAACAAUUAUUCCAGAAGGGCCAUUGAGGGUGUUGAAAAUAAAAAUAAAAAGAUCAUUCAUCAAUGAAUUUUAUUUCACAAGAAACACACUUCCUGGCUUAUCAAUUGAUUGCUUCGACAAUUAAACUGUAUCAUUUUAAAAAAAAUGACAAACCUCACAUCUGUAAAAUGUUUCGACUAAGUGUCGAAAGUAAUUAAAGAUUGCAUAAUUUCGCUUGGCUUUGCUUUGUGAAAGCUCGCAAGCGUUUUACGACAUCCAGACUUUUUUGCAGGAAUCUGCUUUGUCGUCAAAAAAAUUACAUGAUAUAUUCCUUUUUUCUGAUAUAUUACUGUUUUCAAGACGGUUUGACUUCACAAAACUUUAUCGAAAGGACCAAUGGAAAUGACGUCAGAUAGUAAAUUCAAUUAACUCCUCUAAUAGGUACGACGAGUACAAGGAUUAUGAUUUCCGCCGUGGCGGAUGGCAGGGAGGAACUGGACACUUUACUCAAGUGGUGUGGAAAGACAGUAAGGAGUUAGGAAUGGGUCGAGCGAAAACAGGUGAUGGUAGACUUACAUUUGUGGUGGGUCGAUAUCGUCCUGCAGGUAACGUCAUCAACUUCAUGCAAGACAACGUGUUUCCAAGGCGAGGGCGCUAAGUAAUAAUGACUGAGCGUGACAAAAUCACGCUAAAAUUUAAUUUUAAAAUAUGCAUUCGCGUUGACUUUUUACAGUAUGUAAAUCUCAAUGUUCAUGACAACAAUAAUGUUUUUCUCUUCUGGAUUAAAUCUACCGAACUCAGUUUCACAGUAAAACUCAGCCCCUCAUAAUAUAUUUUUGCGAUUAUUUCAUUGAUAAAAUUACUUGGCUAGACAGGCGAUCAAACUCAGAGCACAUAAAUUCUACUAAUUUCAUUCGGACAGUUGCAUCUUCUUGCUUUUUCGAUUCGAACGGGUUAGCGUGAUAAAGCAACAGAAUAUAGUCUUCAGAUAACUAAAGUAAGCUUACCUAUUAAAAUGGAGAACAACUUACCAAUAGUUAUGCCGGUUUCAGCAUUGAGAAGGCCAGAUAUAAAUGUAAACCAGCUUCAAGCUUUCGCAUUUUGUUUUGGUCCCAGACGCGCAUGUACCUCGAGCAAGUAACUUUUAUUAUUAUUCAAUUAUGCAGGCUGAAGUAAGAAUCAACAACAAGGAGGAAUAGAGUAUGUUUGUUGCACGCUAUAUAUAAACAAAAAAUACGCGGUUAUUGCCAGUCCAGCAACAUUUCAUAUCAUGUAACCGGAGAUAUACAGAGGUAUUUGAUAUAGUUCAGUUUUUGAGCUCUUGUAAGAGGUGUAUAAUGCAAGUAC